AUGGACGAUUCCGCGCCGUCCUCUGCAGAGUGCACACCCGAGGUGGGCCAGCGCUUCUUGACGCGGCAUGCCGAGGUCUUAGGGACAGAGGCUGAUCCCUUCACCAGCGACGAGGAGGACUCGGAUGAGAAGGAGUCACCACAAUUUUCCUUGGCCGUGAGGCCCUUCGCCAGCACCAUGGGUGCUGAUGUACCGGAGGUGAAGGAGAAGAGGCCUCACUCCAGCAGCCAAGGCCAAAAGCCUGCCACCAGGUUCACCAACCCACAAUGGUUGCAGGAGCUGUGGCAGCGGCGCGUGCUCCUCCGCGGCGAGGAGCGACGAGCCUCCUCGCCCUUGGCAGGACGUGUGUCUCAGUGGCAAGGUUGUACAGCGCUUUUUUCCUUGCCUUCGCCCGCGGGUGCACCUGAUCUGCUUGACGGCUAUGUGGACGAGGAGAACGAGGGGCGUAGCGCCUUUCCACGGCUCGAGAACCGGAGCGAGGAGCUGGACGGGAAGGUGCUCUUGAAGAUACAUCAGAGAAGGGAAGAUGCCAACCUGAGCUUCGAGGUCUUGGCCUCUGCGGAAGGGAAGCAGAUUCCCAUGAACGUGUGCGCCACCACAGUGGCCUCAUCCAUUCAAGAAGCUCUCGCACGCAGGAGCCCUUGGCUUUGCGCAUGCCUUGAUGGGACUGAAGGCUUCUCGGUGCGUCACUCCUUGGGUGAAGAGGACUUCGAGGAGAUCUUUAGCCUUGAAGACCAGCAUGGUGGCUCCAGUGCUGUGCUGUGCCGCAAGUUCGCACCACGUAGCCUGGAGCUGACGAUGCCCUCACGCGGCGCAGGACAAAAUCUCCUGUCGCCGGCCAGCCUCUUGCAGUGUCAGGGCCUCAGUGGCACGACUGUAGGCUCCAUGUCGGUGAGAAGCACGGUGGCGGCGGCUGGACUGGCUGGGACUCAGCUCUUCACCAUCCUUCUGUGGGCCUUCAUCUUGGGACUCCCAGAGGUCCACGAGGCGGCUCGGGAGCUGGCUCUUCAACAGCUGGAUGGCUUGACGGUGGCUUUGGUCCUCGGUGUUGGCUAUGCCAUCGGGGAUGCCGAGAUGCUGCGACAAGCCUAUUGGUGUGUACGAGAGUCCUUGUGCAAUGCAGGGGUGCCGGAGGAGUGGAUUGAUGGUAGUGGACCAGUGCGGCUCUUGAAAGGAGGAUACUUAGCACACCGCUCGGUGUGCAAGACGCCUCUCAACGUGCUCUCCAAGGCUUUGCUGGAAGAUGCCACGUUGAAACAGCGCACGUGGUUGACCUCCACCGACUGCUACACGCUUUGUCAGGUGCACCGCAAGCGUUCGGAGGAUGGAGGCUAUCCGCUUCGAUUGGAUCACUCCGAUGAGAUCCUCAUGUCGGCACAGAGGGAAGAUGAGCAGUGCCCAUGUCGGAUCUUUGCUCGGAAGUCUGACCUCGAACGCUCUGAGCAUUGCGAGGACUACCUGGGCUCAGUGGUGCCCAACUUCUGGGGCACUCUCUUCACCCUCUACGACUCCGGAGUCGACGUGGAAGCCUUGGGAAAGGACAGCGAAUGGCUACAAGGCUUGCCGUUGAGGCCCAGAGAGGUCAUCAUGAACAUCGGCUACAAGACCAACGUCUUCGGAGAUAGCCCAAGGAAAAUCUCUGUGGACUACGUGCACAAGAAGGAAAGGCCGCAUAUGGAGAACCUGAAACCCAGAUGGGACAAGAAGCUCAACUCCUAUGCCUUACCUUUCUUUGGCCGAGUCAAGAAGGCGAGCGCCAAGAACUUUCAGCUGGUGGUCGAUGGCGCCAGGGCCUCGGCUGACGGCGGAGCAGGACCACUGCUCUUGCCAAGAAGAGAGCCGUCAGCUGAGCGAGUUUACUGGGCCUUCAGUGCGCCUCAUCGGCGCCGCCUUCGGUGCGGCAUGGCAGCCUCGGGUCCCUCGACGCGGAAGUCAGAUCGGUGCCCCGCUUGGCAGAUGUUGGUCCUCACCAACUUGCCUAGGCUGCUCCUGUUAGACAGCAGGGGCCGACGUUUGGUGAAGGACGUGGAGUUGUUGGACAGUUCACGUACGACGUGCAUGACCAUGCGCCAGGGCCUUCGUGACAAUGCCUUGAGCCAGAGGUCGCCCACGGAGUUCGAGCUCCGCUUGGGCGGCCGCCGCUUGCGUUGCCGGGAUGGAGACCUCGGCGCAGAGACCUGGCUUGAUGAGAUCGCGGCGGCACGCCAGCGUCUCACGCUGAGUCGAAGCUCUUUGUGCUGUCCCAGUCCGAGCAGCUCUGGAGAGGUUUGA